AUGUGGGAAUUCAGACAACAAAUUCAAGGAGUUCAAAUAACACUGAGACAACAAUUUAGUGUUAAACGUGGAAUUGCAACCUCACCUGCUGCUUGCAAACAGCCUGCAAAGCGCAAUGCUUUUGUGUCAAAUGAUGAUAACAACACAAGAAGGACACUUGGUUUUGAUAAAAUUGAUCACUUACAAGACAUGCAAUAUAGAACUCAGAUGAACAUUGAUCAUAGUAGUAAACCACAGACACCAUCUGUGCAUUAUGUUUCUGUGCGGACUAUUAUACCAUUAAGCCGCCAAUCACAUACGGAGCCUCAACCUUCAUCAGUCCUACCACUUCAUCCUUCCUCAGUAUAUGUUUCCCAUUUUAAUACAUAUGUCACAACACCCAUCACAUCAGUUCAGCAAGCAAAAUUGGAACGAGCAUCAAGGACAAGAAUACCUUCUGCUGUUGCAGAUAUAGUAACAGAAGCCUGUCCAUCUGUUGAAGUUGCAAUAAAAAGGAACAUUUUGCAUAAAUGUAAAGUGUCUUCUGAUGCACUUUGCAAACGAUCCAGUCAUUCAUCAGUGUUGUAUGCAAGUAUGGAACAGUAUACGAUUAUGAAGGAUUUUAGCAUUGACCUAUUGUGGAAAGAAAUGAUAACACAUCAUCCAUUUCUUAUUGAUGUGUUAAAUUCUAUGGCAGGAAAAGAAAUUGACAUUAAAAACACAACAGAUGAAUUGAAAGUUAAAUAUUGCUUUAUUUACUCAAUCAUUAUGAACAUUCGAUGGCAUGAACUUAGUUUGUUUCAACGCAUCAACACAGUUUUAUUAAUUGAAGGUGGAUGUGGUAAACAG